GGCCAGAUAUAGCGCUUGCGCUUUUUGGUGCUGUGAGUGGUGCCUGCAGCUUCCUCGACUGCUAGCUCCACGAGGUGGUAUCGUUAAGACCAAUGCUUCUGCAGCUGCCGUAUAUGUGCGAAAUGGACCACGUUACGCUUGCACUUGCUCCGAAUCGGCUGCGCCGAUGUCUAUAUUUGCGGCCUCAAACGCAAAACACGCAGGCUUUGAGAGCAGCCUAGAGUCUCGAAACCCACGCUAAGCCUCAACCAGUGCAUCGGAGGAGUGGUCGCGGGACGACUCUGGCUCGAUCUUGGAGGCUUUGGGACGAUUAUUGGCUGCGUCUAGCGAGACGCCCAACACGAUUGCAGGCAGUGCGUGUUUGCGAGAGCGCACACGAACAGCACGAUGGCCAAGCUCAUCGCAGCGCUCGCGCUGCUCGCGCCGGCCUAUGGCCUGCAGGCGCCCGCGCGUCGAGGCGUGAAGGUCGCGCCCGCCAGGGCUGAGCCCGACGUCAAAGUGUCAGAGACUACGGGCCGCCAGGUCGACAUGCACAACUACCGCAACAUUGGUAUUAUGGCCCACAUCGACGCCGGUCCGUGCCCGCGUCCAAUGCAUACACUGUAAUAGAAUUGAAGUUGACGCGAAACCGACUCGUCGCGCAGGCAAGACGACGACGACCGAGCGCAUCCUCUACUACACGGGCAAGUCCUACAAGAUCGGCGAGGUCCACGAGGGCGGCGCGACCAUGGACUGGAUGGAGCAGGAGCAGGAGCGCGGCAUCACUAUUACGUCCGCCGCGACGACGUGCUACUGGCGCGAGCACCAGAUCAAUAUUAUUGACACGCCGGGCCACGUCGACUUCACGCUCGAAGUCGAACGUUCGUUAAGAGUCCUCGACGGCGCCGUGGCCGUCUUCGACGGCGUCGCGGGCGUCGAGCCGCAGUCCGAGACCGUCUGGCGCCAGGGUAAUAAAUAUGGCGUGCCCCGCAUGUGCUUCGUCAACAAGAUGGACCGCAUGGGCGCGAACUUCUACAACUGCGUCGAGAUGAUCAAGGACCAGCUCGGUGCCGUGCCUGCCGUCUUGCAGGUGCCGAUCGCCACCACCCCUACGCCCCCUGAAGCGGACUUCGAGGGCGUCGUCGACCUGGUGACGAACGAGGCCAUCAUCUGGUCCGGCGAGGAGAUGGGCGCGAAGUUCGACCGCGUUCCCAUCGCCGACGCGGAUAUCGACGAGAGCAUCAAGGAGAAGGCGGCGGAGUACCGCGCCGAGAUGAUCGAGUUGGCCGUCGAGCAGGACGAAGACGCGCUCAUGGCCUACUUGGAGGGCGAGGAGCCCGACGCCGAGACGCUCAAGAAGUGCAUCCGCACCGGUACUCUGAGCGGUGCCUUCGUGCCCGUGUUAACGGGCACGGCCUUCAAGAACAAGGGCGUCCAGCCCUUGUUGGAUGCCGUCGUCGACUACAUGCCGGCCCCUGAUGACGUCGAAGCGAUCAAGGGUACGAGCUUGGACGGCGAGACGGCCAUGGAGCGCAUCUCGAGUGACGAGGAGCCCUUUUCGGCUCUGGCCUUCAAGAUCAUGACGGACCCGUUUGUGGGCACGCUGACGUUCUGCCGCAUCUACUCGGGCAUCCUCAACGCGGGCGACGGCGUCUACAACAGUGUGAAGGGCCAGCGCGAACGCGUCGGCCGCAUGCUCCAGAUGCACGCCAAUGAUAGAACCGAGGUUAAAUCAGCGGUGGCUGGUGACAUCAUCGCCGUCGCGGGGCUGAAACAGACCACCACGGGCGAGACGCUCUGCGACAAGGACAACGCCGUCAUCCUCGAGAAGAUGGACUUCCCCGAGCCCGUUAUUAGCGUGGCCGUGGAAGCCAAGUCCAAGAAGGACCAGGACAAGAUGGGCGAGGCGUUGGCGCGGCUGGCGGCGGAGGAUCCCUCGUUCCGCACGAAGUACGACGAGGAGAACGCCCAGACCAUCAUCAGCGGCAUGGGCGAGCUGCACUUGGAGAUCAUCGUGGACCGCUUGCAGCGCGAGUUCGGCGUCGAGGCUAAUGUUGGGGCUCCUCAGGUGUCCUACCGCGAGGCCAUCACGGCGCCGGCCGAGGUCGACUUCACGCACAAGAAACAGUCGGGUGGUUCGGGCCAGUACGCUAGAUGCAAGGUCCAGUUCGAGCCGCUCGAUGGCGAAGAAAGUGCGGACUUUGUGUUCGCCUCGGAAAUUAAGGGCGGUGCCGUGCCCAAGGAGUACAUUCCGGGCGUCCAGAAGGGCAUCGAGGACGUCCUGAAGACGGGCGUGUUGGCGGGCUACCCCGUCCUGGGCAUGAAGGCGACGCUCGUCGACGGCGCGUUCCACGACGUCGACUCUUCCGUCCUCGCGUUCGAGAUCGCGGGCCGCGGCUGCUGCCGCGAGGGCCUGCGCAAGGGCAAGGUCCGAUUGAUGGAGCCCAUGAUGCAGGUCGACGUGACGACGCCCGAGGACUACAUGGGCGAUGUCAUCGGGGACAUCAACUCGAGAAGAGGGCUCGUCGGUGAUCUGGGCGAGCGCGGCAACGCGAAGACGAUCCGCGCGUCCGUGCCGCUCGCGAACAUGUUCCAGUACGUCUCGACGCUGCGCUCCAUCUCCAAGGGCCGCGCGUCCUAUUCGAUGAAAUUGGCCUCGUACGACUUCGUGCCGCCGAACGUCGAGAAGGAGCUCAUGGCCAAGUUCACGCCGUCGGAGGAGGACUAGGCGGUCCCUUUGUACGUAAGUAGAUUCCCGGAGU